UCAAUUUAAUUAGCUCCUAAACAUCGAUCAUCAUAGAGUGAUGGAGUUUGAUGCGAGAGCUGGUAAUCAUAGCUCUGAUGUGGAGAUGGAGUUGAGGAAAGGGCCGUGGACGGUGGAAGAAGAUAUCUUGCUGGCGAACUACGUCUCUCUGCAUGGCGAGGGCCGGUGGGAUUCCGUAGCCAAAUGCUCAGGGCUGAGAAGGACCGGGAAGAGUUGCCGGCUCCGGUGGCUGAACUACCUCCGCCCGGACGUCCGCCGGGGGAACAUCACGCCGGAGGAGCAGCUCCUCAUUCUCGAACUCCACUCUCGUUGGGGAAACCGGUGGUCGAAGAUAGCGCAGGUGUUGCCGGGAAGGACGGACAAUGAGAUCAAGAACUACUGGAGGACGCGAGUGCAGAAGCACGCGAGGCAGCUCCGGUGCGACGUCGACAGCAAGCAGUUCAGGGAUAUGGUCAGGUACAUGUGGAUGCCCCAGCUGGCUGAGAGGAUUCUGGCCGCUUCCGGUGGCGGUGGCUCCUCGGCUCAACAGAGCGCGUGGCCGGCGGAGGAAGGCGCACGGUUAGCCAUCCCGCUGCCGGAAACAUCCGGCAACUCGAACACCGUCAAUUUGUGUUCGGAGUCGUCGGAUGCGGCUUCAGCGUCGGAUUACUUCGCCGGCGGCGGCGAUGCAGGGUGGUUUCAGGAUACGGCAGCGGCUGAGUUGAGCGAGGGGUGGAUGGAAUCGCUGCGGAGUCCAGGAAUUUGCGAUAGCUUUUGGUUGCAGGAUUUGGAGCAGAGUGGGUGGGACGAAAGCUUGUGGAAUAUGGAGGUGAUUUAGCAGACAUGAAGAACAGAGUAGAAAUCUCUAAAAACGAAAAAAAAAAAAAGCGAAGGGAAUUUUAAUUCUUUCCUGUAAUCUUCUUCCGAGAUAUCUCCGUUAACUAGUGCAGAAGGGACAUCAGAUUCUUUAAGCAAAACGGUAGUUUUGAUGUAAGAAUUUAUUGUAAGAUUGAUGAAUCUAAUUGGUAAA